AUGGGAAAGAAAACACCAAAUAAACGAAACAUUGCUCAGCCAAAAAAACUAACUGGCGGAGGAGGAAUUGGCGGAAUAGGUUCAUUAACUAACCUUACUAGUGCCCAAGACAUAAAAAACAAAACUGAUACUCAAGAACUAACUUUAGCACUGAACGAACAAGAAUUUAAUCUGAAAAAGCAACAGUUAGUAAGCAAAAUUCAAGAUGCUAUCAGCAAAUGUCAAGCAGUGCAACCUAUUCACCAAAAAGAAAUUUUAGAAUUAGAGGCUGAACUCAGAGAAGCAGAAACUAAAUACAAUGAUGCGAUGGCUAACGCAGCAAAAGAAACUGAUCCAGCCAAAAAAGCUCAAUUUAUCGCCAUUGCCCAAGAAGCCGCCAACACAAUUAAACAAGUUAAAGCUAAAUUAACGAAAAAUCCCUUAUCUAAACUAACUGAAUACAGUUAUUUAAAUGAUAUUGGCAGAAUGCUAGGAGGUAAUCUCCCUAAUAAUCCACCUACUGUGCCAGGAAAUGGUUCAGGAGGCUCGGGUUCUGGUGAUGGUGGUUCAGGAAAUGAUCCAAAUGGAGGCGGCGGAGGUUCUGGUUGA